AUGGGUCAUAUCGCCCGUAAUUGCCCAGAGGCUAUGUCUGAUGGGAGAUCUGUUAUUCCUGCUCGUGUCUUCGCGAUGUCUAAAGAGGAAGCAGAAGCUUCUCCAAAAUUGAUCAAAGGUAUGAUUGUCCUUAACGACAAACAAGUAGAAGCAUUAUUUGAUUCAGGUGCUAUGCAUUCUUUCAUUGCACUAGAUUGUAUGACUAGACUUAAAAUGUUUGCAUGUGAAAUGGGUGUUGUUAUGAAUGUUUCUACGUCGACUGGGGUCUCUACUAAAACCAGUCGUGUGUGCUCUAAUGUUAACCUGAAGUUUGGUGAUAGGGUUACAAUUAUUGACUUAAUUUAUUUGCCUUUAUUGGGCAUUGAUGUGAUUGUGGGAAUGGACUGGCUGUCGGCUAAUGGAGCGACUUUAGACUGUAACAAGAAGACAGUCCUAUUGCCAGUAGAUACUACCAUUUCUACAGCCCCUGAAAUGACUGUGCGUACCAUUAUGGUAGACAUAGAAAUGCCUAAGUUCUUGUCUGCUAUGGAAGUUAAGAAGUCAGAUCAAGAAGGAUGCCAAAUGUUCAUGAUAAAAGUAGUGAAAGAAUUUCCUGAGGUUUUUGCAGAAGAUGUGAAUGGUUUGCCACCAGAGAGAGAAGUUGAAUUCUCAAUUGAUUUAGCUCCAGGUACCGAGCCAAUUUCUAAGGCUCCGUAUCGAAUGGCCCCUGCAGAAUUAGAAGAGUUAAAGAAGCAACUAGAAGACUUGUUAGCUAAGGGCUUCAUAAGACCGAGUGUAUCACCAUAG